GCUAACUUCACUUAGCAGGUACUUCUCAGUUCACAACCUUGGGAUUUAAUAAGAGUCACAUUUUGCUUCUCAUAGUGGGUUAACUUCGCACACACCUCCCAAAAUCUGCCUCCUCCACAUCACUGUUUGGCGCGGUCUAUUUUUUUUUCUUAUUUAAUAUGAUAUAAAUAGGUCUGUGUGUGUAGGUUUCGCUCACACUGCCCGUGCUCUGUGCUCGCUAUGGAACACUUCGGUUUCUUUCUCAUCCUAAGCGUGCUAGCAACAGCAUGCCCAGUUCUGAAGGCAUGUCCCACAAACUGUCACUGUCAUGGAGGAGACCUGCAGCAUGUGAUUUGCUACAACGCAGGGUUGACUAAGCUUCCAAAGAUAUCGGAGCAAACUCGUCUGCUCAACAUACAGAAAAAUUUCUUUCCAGUCCUGGCUCCUAAUUCAUUCAAAGAAAUGAAAGGUCUGGUGUCCCUGCACGUGCAGCACUGCCAAAUUCGAGAAGUUUCAAAUGGGGCGUUUCGAGGUCUUAAGAAACUCGUCUACCUUUAUUUAUCCCACAAUGAUAUCAGUGUGAUAGGUUCUGGAGCCUUUGAUGAACUGUCUGAGCUCACUUACUUAUACAUGGAUCACAACAAAAUCCUCGAGAUACCCAAGGGACUGUUGUCACCGCUUUUAAACCUAUUCAUCCUUCAACUGAACAACAAUAAGGUGCGAGAAGUGAAAGCAGGGACCUUCAGUGGUGCCAAAGACUUGCGGUGGUUGUACCUGGCUGAGAAUGAGAUCACCACACUGCAUCCAGGAUCUCUGGAUGAAGUGGAAAACUUGGCCAUCUUCCACGUAGAGGGAAACCAGCUGAGUACUUACCCACUAGCUGCCGUUAGCAAGCUAAGGGUAGUAGAGGACUUCAAGAUAUCCCAAAACCCAAUCAAAGUCAUCCCUGACUAUGCUUUCCAGUCCUUUGGCCGAUACAUGGAGUCUCUGUCCUUGGACCACAUGAGUCUGGAGAAGUUUUCAGAAAAAGCUUUUGCUGGAGUUACAGCCCUGAAGAAGCUUAAUAUUGAAGGAAACAAGCUAAACCAGCUUCCUGCCGACGUCCCAUUUUCGAGCAUACAAAAUUUGACAUUGGCAAAUAAUCCUUGGCACUGCUCCUGCCAACUGGCAGCGGUGAGAAGAUGGAUGGACAGUAGCCGCUCCCGUCCAGAUGCCACUUGUGCAAGCCCAUCUCAGUACCGUGGUCAACAGAUAAGAGACACAGGAGCUUUCCGAACCUGUAAGCAACCAACAAAGAAAUCUCGAAAGGUACACCGUCAUUAAAGUGGUAUCCUGACUGUAUGGCUAGAGGACAUCUAGAUUAAAUGGCACCUAAUAAACAGACUUGGUAACUGUGACGCUGUCGACCUGCAAACUACUGACCUGUAGGACCUUCCAGAAGAUUUUCCCCCUUUGAUUCAAGCCUUCGCAUAGGUCUACAUUCUGAAUCUGCAAUUACCAAGGCACACCAUCCUGUAUGCAUGUACUAAUGUGAUCAGCUAGAAGUUCUCCCACUUCUAAUGAUGUGAUCUACUAGGUACGUACAUGUACUACAUACAUCUUAUACAACAUAGAAACAUAGAGAAAGUCUAGCAAACUAAAAAUAAACCUAUCUGCUAAUAAUUAUAUAUAAAGAAUAUAAUAGUGCUGGCACACGUGUGCCAUAUAUAAGCCAAAUACACUGUAACACAUCAACAAGUAACACAGUUAAUGUCCAUUCAUCAUCAUUACUGCAAAGAAUGACGAGAGCCCAUAAAUGUAAGGGUGGCUCUACUGCUAGAUGAUGUACAGUGAGUUAUAUGACAUAUAUAUAUAAAAUGUAUGUAAAUGUAUAUGUAUAUGUAAAAUGUAAAGCUGUUCAAUAUAACAGAAAACAAAAAGUGGAGUGAACUGAAAUCCAAAAAGUUGCUGUCUUAUGUUUCGCACACAUGAAAUGUUACAAGGUGUCUUUUCUUAACUGGAUCUGUCUGUGUUAUUAGGAAUAA